UGGAGCCGCGGCCCAGCGCGCACCGAGCCCGAGCCCGAGCCGAGGCGGAGGCGGCGGCGGAGGACGAGGACGAGGAGGCGGCGGCGGCGGCGGCGGAGGAGGAGGCCGGGCCUGCUGCGCGGGAGGGUCGGGCCGGGCGCUGCGAGGCUCCGGGGCCGGGCCGGCCUUUCCUGCCGGCGGCGUCCGCAGCGGCCCUCGCGAGGAGGCCUCCGCCGCGCCCUUCCUGGUCCGGCCAGGCCAGGCCCGGCGCCCGCUCCGCCGGAGAUGCGGGAGCGGCGGGCGCUGAGGGCCGGGCCGAGCAGGAGGCCGGGGCGCGGGGCGGCGAAGGAGGCGAAGGCGAGGGAGGCGGCGUCCCCCUGAGGAGCGGCCGGUCUCGCCCUCCGGGGUCAUGGCUUCCGACCUGGAAAGCAGCCUCACCUCCAUCGACUGGCUACCGCAGCUUACUCUUCGGGCCACCAUUGAGAAAUUAGGGGGGGCUUCCCAGUCAGGCGCCCCGGGAGCUGGCCGGAAGUGUCCGCCUGGCUCUCCGACGGACCCCAACGCCACCUUGAGCAAGGAUGAGGCUGCCGUCCACCAGGAUGGGAAGCCUCGCUACAGCUACGCCACCCUGAUCACCUACGCCAUCAACUCCUCGCCCGCCAAGAAGAUGACCCUCAGCGAAAUCUACCGCUGGAUCUGCGACAACUUCCCCUACUACAAGAACGCGGGCAUCGGCUGGAAGAACUCCAUCCGGCACAACCUUUCGCUGAACAAAUGCUUCCGGAAAGUGCCUCGGCCCCGGGACGACCCUGGAAAGGGCUCGUACUGGACGAUUGACACCUGCCCCGAUAUUUCCCGGAAGAGGCGCCAUCCGCCGGAUGAAGAUCUGUCCCAGGAUUCCCCGGAUCAGGAGGCCAGCAAAAGCCCCCGGGGGUCCAUCUCUCUGGGCCCAGAGGCGUCGCUGUCCCCCGAGUCCAACCAGCAGCUCUCGAUGCAAAGCACACCCCCUCUGGGCAAUUACGGCCAGCAGAGCACUGGGCCAGUGGAGGUGGCCGCCACGGUGGCAGGCGGACAAGGCCGUGACGGGACCGAGGUGCCCCCUCCGCACUACAGCACCAGCAGCGACUUGAAGUUCUCCUACUCCGAAAUCAACUUCCAGGACCUGAGCUGGUCCUUCCGGAAUCUCUACAAAUCCAUGCUCGAGAAGUCCUCCUCCUCCCAACACGAUUUCUCCUCCCUCCUGGGGGAGAUGCAGCCCUCCAACCACAGCUACUACAUGUACCAGCAGCCACAGGGGCCCCCCUCCGUCGGAGCCGUGCCCCCCCUCCACACUCCGACCUCGGAGAGCUGCCAGGGCAGCAAGCAGCAGGCGGGGGACGGCUACGGCCCCCCUCCCGUGAUGUCUCUGCACCCUUCCGCCAUGCAGCACGGAGGGUACCACCAGCACCAUCAUCCCCACGCCCACCCACCGCAGUCGCAGGCCUCCCUCAAUAACGCCGGCUUCGCUUUUCCCUCCGACUGGUGCUCCAACAUGGACUCUCUGAAGGAAAGCUUCAAGGCAGUCAAUCGACUCAACUGGUCCAGCAUCGAACACUCCCAGUUCUCCGAGUUAAUGGAGAGCCUCCGCCAGGCCGAGCGGAAGAACUGGUCCUUAGACCAGCACCACAUUGCCAACCUCUGUGACUCCCUGAAUCACUUCCUCACCCAGACCGGGCAGCUCCCUCACCUGGGGGGGCCCCCUCCGCAGCCCCCCCGCAUCUCCGAGUCCUGUGCCAUGAACAGCAACAAGCAGGAGCAGCCCAUGAGCCAAGUAAACUCGUAUGGCCAGCCAGCGCCUCCCCACCUGUACUCGGGGGGCCCCUCUCCGAUGUACCCUAUUCCCACCCAGGAUUCGCCAGGGUACAAUCGCCCAGGUCAUCAUUUGGUUUCGCGGCCCCCUCCCGGCGCCCCCGAGGAGAUCCCUGACGAUUUCAACUGGGAUUUGAUCACCUAGCAAGCGAGAGACUCGGCAGCCCGUCCCUCCCGGGGGGGCUCCCUGCACGAGAAGGAAGCCGCCCACGCCGGCCGUCCCGGGCCAGCGCUUGGCCUCCUUCCUUGCCUGUAUAUAGAUAUAUAUUCUCUACUUCAGCCGGAGAAGCUGCCACAAGAUGCUGCCGAAGAUAAUCUUCCUUGCGCUCCUCGUUUUUACCUUCUUUUCUUCUUCUUCUUCUUCCUUAUUAUUAUUAUAUUAUUAUUCCCAUCAUCAUCAUCAUCGCUGUACGCAGCCCUUUUUGCUCUAUCUGCCAGCUUCGGAUUUUACACGUUUAUUGAGCACCUUGUCUGGAUGCAAGUCAGAAGACGGCCUUGGUGCCGGAGGAGACUUCCAAAGAACGGAGGGCGUCGUCACCGCCAUCAUCAUCCUCAUCCUCAUCUUUGUCACCCCUUGCAUUGUACAAUCCCCCUUUCCCCUCGAGGUGGCCAGAGACUCCCUUGAUGGCUGCUGAAGUGAGUGCGCCCGUGGGUCUUGAGAGUCUGUAAGAAUUAUGUUCUUCCUAAAUGUUGUAACGUAUGUGUGUGUGUGUUGGGGGGGGGGGAGUUGGACUGGUCUGAAGGAGAAAGCCGCCCGCUUUCUUGCACCCGCGAGCGAAGGGAGGCCAGGCCCAGUGGCAAGAUGGGAGGACGGAGCUUGGAGAGACCGAGAGAGGCUGGAACAGGAAGCAAGGACGACCACGCCGGUUCUACUCUACUCUCUACUCGCAGGCGAAGGCGGCAGGGGGUGUGCAGCUGCUGCUGAGAGAGAAGGGCGGGGAAGGCCGUCCCCUUUGGCAGACCAGAGGUGCCGGAGGGGUCUGCUCCGCAUCAGGUGGACUGGGCAGUAAGGACCGCUGGACCAGACCCUUCAGGGCUCGCACCACCACCCCCUUCUCUCCUCCGUCCCUCCCCGAAGGCGACAGGGCUCUCGCUUUGGAUACGCAGAUGAGACAGACAAAUCAAGAAGAAUUGUACUCUUCUCCCCUUCAAGGUUUUUUUUUCUUUUUUUAACUUCUGGAUUUUACUUUCCCC